AUGACAAAAGGGGCAGCUUACGAACGAUUUGCAAUCUACAUGAACGAUCAGACCCACAAGCGACUCCAUUUGGAUGGGAAGCUUCUUCGACAGCGUAUGGAAGCGUACAAGAAGAAGUUUGUUGCUGCCAAGAAGUGGGCCGACAACACCGGUGCGGGGAUUGAGGAGGGGGAUAAUAACGUUUCAAUCGAUGACCUCUUGGAAACAAAAUGCCCCUGCUACAAACGAAUGUCGGCCCUUUUUGGCGAGAAGCCUAAUGUCACCCCUGCGGCCCAGUACAAGUCCCAAGAGGGGAUGCCACUUUACAAUCAACCAGGCGAUAAUGGAGACCUUGAAAUGUUUUACGCUGGCUGGGACGCAACACAGGAGGUGCUGGACCAUUCAAACGUAGAACAGCAAUCACCCGGGACAGUCUUUUCCGGCCGGGAGGCGAUCGGUAAUCAAGAUAAUCAGACCUCUCCUCAAGCUAGCCAACAACCUAGUCCGACUCUUGCUUCAUUGUCUGGUUUGCCGCUGGCCGAUUGCCCAACUUUAAAUCCGGACACCCAAAUUAACCCAGCUCCGAGUUCAGACAAGAGUCCUGCGGCCCCAAAUUCUUGA